AUGGGCCAGCUGGGCUACGCCACGACAGCCAAAAACAUAGGCAUCCCGGCGUUGGUGGAAAGCCUCCAAGGCCGCAGACGCGUCAAACAGAUCGCGUGCGGCGCAUCCUCAACCUACCAGCUUCUCGGGGGUGUUUUACCGGGUGCGCUGGUGCAUUCGACGACGUCGCGCCAGAUCCCGCAGUUGACUGGUAAAGUGGCCAAACACAUCUCGUGCUCUUCAUCCCCCGCCAUGUACAGCACUGUCGUCCUCGACAACGGCGAAUGUCUGCUCUCUCAGUUGCCGUCGGACAAGUGGGGUUCGGCCAGGCAGGUGGUCGCCACGGGCACUCACUUUCUGGCGCUGCUCGAGGACGGCUGGGUCGUGCAGCGGGACCACAGGCUCGGCGGCCUUCCCAGCACCGAGCACCAGGUCCUCCCGCCACACCACUCCAUCAUCGCCAUCGCCGCCAACGAACUCUACAGCGCCGCGCUCUCGGACACGGGCGAGCUUUACACGUGGGGCAUAGGGCCGCUGGGCCACAAGGGAGCGAGCAAUCCGAUCAAGCCCAAGCCUGAGAAGGUGCUUGGCGCGCUCGAGAACAAGCGCGUCAUCUCCGUGGCCUGCGGGCGGGAACACAUGGCCUGCGUCACUGACGCGGGUGAACUCUACACUUGGGGCUCUGCGACGCGCAACCAGCUCGGGCACGGGGAGGUGGGCGCUAAGCUGGCGGAGCCGCAGCGGGUGCAGGCCCUGGCCGGCAAGAAGAUCGUGGCGUGCAGCUGCGGCGACUACUUUUCCGCGUGCGUCUCCGACACCGGCGUGCUCUACACCUGGGGCGACGGCUCGACCGGUGCGCUGGGACACGGCGAGAUGACGAACGAGCCCUCGCCGCGGCUGGUGGAGGCCUUCAAGAACAAGACGGUGAAGAGCGUGGUGUGCGGCGCCUGCCAUACGGUAUGCAUCGUGCUGGCGGGCAUCAAUCAGAACCAGUCCCUGCUCAUGGCCGACCUCGGGCGCAUAUGCGAGGCCGAGGAGCUGAAAGGCGGACACACUUUGGACGAGGAAGAGUGCUUCUACGACGUGAAGCUGCGAUGCGCUCGCGAGCCGCUCAAACCGGCGUUGCGGGCGCACAAGGCGGAGCUGAAGACCGUCGACGCCGCAGACGAGGAGGCUCCUUCCUCUUCUUCUUCUUCUUCGCCGGCCGCUGCCGCGGAUAUGUGGGAGCUGGUAGUGGACGGCAUGGAGCACGCGGUGAUGGUGGAGUUCGUACGGUACCUCUACACCGACCGCGUGAGCCCCGAUCUCGAGGACCGGCUGCUCGUCCUGCUCUGCGUGGUCGCCGAACGCUUCCACCUCUCUCGGUUGCAGGCCAAAUGCCAGGCCUAUUGGGAGCAGGGCGUGACGCCUGCGAACGUCGAGGCCAAGAUGGCCCUGCUCCUGGACGAGGAGCAACUGGCGCUUGCAGAGGCCGCCGAGAGGGUGAAGGAAGAGAGCGAAGCCUCUACGCUGAAGAACAGCGACGCGCCCUACCACCUGGUGGUGUUCACGCGGCUGCGCAUAGCGUGCGUGGAAUUCCUGCAACAGCGCCUGCUCGAAAUGGAGGCCAUGACGGAGGCCUCCGGGCCGGCCAACCCGCACGCCGACGCUCAGCGCGAGCAGCAGGCGGUCAUCCGGCAGAACCUGGACCGCCUCCGUGAGAGCACCGGCACCCUCGAGCACGCACAGUUGAAGAGCCUAGCAACCGAUGGUGUCGACAACAGUGCGCCCACCACCACCACCGCGACGACCCCGCCCUCUGAUAAAGCUGAUGACGUGGCCCAUCACGUUAACGACGACGACGACGACGAUGAUGACGAAUUCAUCCAAGAGAUGAACGAGCCGGCGGCCGAGGACGACGAGCUGGUCGAUUACCUGGACGAGGAGGACUACGCCGAGGUGCUGCGGCAGCGGAAGGCGCGCGAGGAGAAGCGUGUGCGGGUCGAAAAGCGCGAGGCACAGAAGCUGCGGGCCAAGCGGGAGUCGGAGGACCGACAGGAGGAGGAGGCCACCCGGGCCAACCACUCGCUGGGAGCCGACCUCGGGGCCUACGUCGGGAGCGCCCGCUACGCCGAUAUCGUGUUCGAGGUCGAGGACGUCCGCAUUCCGGCGCACAAGGCCCUCCUCUGCGCUCGCUCUUCCCACUUCCGGGCGAUGCUGACGUCCGGCAUGCGGGAAGCCCAGUCGGGACGCAUCGUGGUACCCGAGAUUAGCUCCUCCGCCUUUUCUACCGUACUCAAGUAUCUGUACACGAGCGAGGCGGACGUCAACGAGGAGAAUGUGAUCGAGCUACUCAUCGUGUGCAACCUCUACAGCAUCCAGCAGCUGCAGGAGCAGUGCGAGAACUACAUCGAGAGCGGCAUUCAGCUCGACAACGUCACCGAGCUCCUGCAGAUGGCACACCAGUUCCAGACGCACCACCUGCGGAGCGUGGCGAUGAAUUACCUGGUGGGCCGGCUCAAGGGCGACUUUAGCAAACUCGAAGGCUUCAGCGAACUCAGCCAGGAUAUCCAGGACGAGUUCAAGCGCGGCAUCCCUUGUCCGGGCGAAAGCCUUAUCAAGGCCAAGAGUGGCGGGUUCCAGGGCAAGCGAUUCUACUUUGUCGUCAUCUCGCGCGACUUCUUCAAGAAGCGCGUACUCAAGGGCGAGGAGAAGUGGGACAUCGUCGUCCAGUUCGAGCCCCACCCCACCGACUCGGCCGCCACCACCACCACUGCCACCGCAGACCAGGCCGCCAGCAAUGCCGGCAGUGCCGCUGGCGGCGGUGACGAUGCCGACAAAGGGGAUGACAAGGCCGAUGACGUAGCCGACAAGGCCGAGGCAGGCGAGGGCCACCACGACGCCGGUGCUGCGUCAUCGUCGUCUUCGUCGUCGUCGGGCAGCAGCAGUGAUGCAAUGGCCAAGCUCUUCGACUUUGGCCUCCACAGCGGCACGCAGCGUGGUCGGAGGCCGGCCGGCCGACGGAGCCACGCCGGCGGCAUUCCGCUCCGGGGCCGGAGUGACAAGCACCGCACGGCGUCAUCGCCGCUCCUGCCCUUCUCGGCGCCUCUAGGCACCGCGCCAGCCCCCGCGGCUCCGGCCACGACGCCGACCAGCCCAGCGUCGCCCGUUUCUUUCGACACUUCGCCGGCGUUCGACACUCCGGCAUCGCCUUCGUCGCCGUCUUCGUUUUCGUUCUUGAACACCACGUCAGCAGCGUCGCCGUCUUCGCCCUCAUCGCCCUCGUCUUCGUCUUCGUUCUUUACCACCGCCACCACCGCGUCAGCAGCGGCGUCGCCCUCGCCGUCAUCGUCGCCCUCGCCGCCGAGUGCCGACAUCGGGACGGUGCUGAGCAGCCUUACUUCGACGCCGGCGUCGCUGACGACCGCGUUGUCAAUGUCGACAGACCAACACCCAACCAAGGAGCCCGCGCCGUCGACCACCGGCGCCGGGUUCAUUCGCGGGAGGCGGCGGGUCAAGAAGUCGGUCUCUGCCGAGGUGGGCGAUGCGGGACACGCCCAGGCUUCCGCGGCGUCGUAUUUCGCGGCGACAGCCACCACCCCGGCCACCAACGAGGAGGAGGAGGACAUUGCCGCCGCUGCCGCCAUCGCGCGAAGGAGCGCGGGAGACGAGGAGGACCGGCCCAGCGUGCUUCUCACGUCCAACAGCGAUGGCACUUACACGGCGUCGUUCAUGCCGUAUAAGCUGGGCCAGUAUUCCAUCUCGGUGAGCCUCAACGGGACGCCCAUCAAGAACUCGCCCUUUCGCGUGCGCUUCGAAAAACCGAUAUUUUCGCGGAACUGCCGGGCGGCGUUCAAGGGCGACAGCGGCAGCGGCGUCAUCAUCGCAGGCAAGGAGGCCACCCUCAUCAUCCAGUCCCGCGACAUCAACAACCGGCCCAUCACCGUGGGCGGCGCCGAGCCCGGGUUUCGGGUGUGCGUGUACCUGCCGUCGGCCAAGGAGUCCACGGUUAUGUCCUCCAAUCCGUCCUUCUACUUCAACCCCGCGCGCCAGGGCCUCUCCGACAAGGGCCUCACCGAUGUCUACGUGCGGGACAACAAGGACGGUACGUACACGGCGACUUUCGCGCUGCGUCGAUCGGGGGACUUUUUGGUGGACGUCGUGCGCCACGAGAUCUCGGACAAGAUGCGGCUCCCCAUCUUCGGCUCGCCCUACCCCAUCGCCUGCUUCCCCGCCGGCGCCCACGGACCCAAAUGCGAGGCCGAAGGCACCCCCUCCCUCCACCCGUGUGUGCGCGACGGGCUGGUGUCGGCGGUGAUGGGGAAGCCGGCGAGCUUCCACAUUCGGACCUUCGACCGCUACGCCAACCGCCGCGACGUGGGCGGCGACACGUUCGUCGUGCGGCUCAUCCGUCGCGGCGCCGUGCCGCUCGUGCGCAACGAGGAGGAGGAGCGCGAGAAGGAGGAGGAGCGCAAGCGCGAGGAGAACAGCAAGAAGCAGAACGAGGAGAAGUGUUCUCCCGGAGGCAUGAUGUCGCUCUCUUCGUCGACGUCAUCAUCGACGUCAUCGUUGUCGACGCCGUUGACGCCCGAGCAGCAGCAGCAGUUCGAGGACGAGAACAUCGACGCGGCCGAGCAACGGCGCGAUGACGAGCGCAAGAACAAGAAGCAAGAGCUGGCCGAGCGCAAGCGCAAGCAGGCCGAGGAGUGGCGCCAGCUCGACGCCCUGCUGCAGCAGCACGAGCUCGUGCGGGGCGUGGUGACGGACGAGGGCGACGGCACCUACCACGCCACCUACACCGUCCCACCUGACAUCCACGACAUUGCCCUGCGCAACCGGGCCGCGCUCGAGGCCGCGGCUGCGGCUGCCACGACGCCCGAUGCCACGUCAUCAUCAGCAGAGGCCACGUCAUCAGGGGCCGAGGCCACGUCAGUAGCAGCAGAAGCCGCGGCAGAGGGCGAUGGUGAGGCGUGGCCGCAGGAGUACCAGCUGGUGGUAACCCUGCUCGACGGCGGCAUGGUGCGCGACAGCCCGUUCAACCUCCUCCUGCUCCACGAGGGCUUCGUGUUCGACGACGAUCACGCUGGCGUCGGCUCAGCGCACGCGUCGCUGUUGGGCGCGGCCGCGACGAUAGGCGCGUCGACGCCACGCGGACUGGCUUCGGCGGAGAACGCCGAGCCGACGACGCCUCGCAUCGCGAUCCAGAGGGUGGCCGGCGGCGACGACAACGACGCCUUCCUGCGUGGGCUGAAGAGUGACGAAAGCGAAAACGACGACGUAGAGGACGAGCUGAAGAGUGAUGACAGCGAAAACGACGACGCCGACGAAAAGAACGAAAACGGAAAGAAUAAAGACGACGAGAGCGAAGACGACGACAACGACGACGUGCAAUCCAAGCGGGUCGUACGCAAGGUGAUGACCAAGAAGACCGGCCCGCGCCCGCGCCCGCGCACCCUGUCGUUCGCCAAGCCCACCACCAUCACCACGCCGCCCUCGUUCUCUCCGCCCACCUCGCCGCGCGCCGCGCCCACCUCCACCGCCUCCGCGCCCUCGUCCCCCUUCCGCCUCCCGCCGUCAUCUUCAUCAUCGGCGCCAUCGCUGCUUCUGCCCGCCACCGUCACCACCGCCAACCCCGCAGCGUCGGCGCCGCCGGUUCCGCUGCUGCCGAUGCCGGCGCUCGCGCCCGCGCAGCCGUCGUUCGUGCCGGCGUCGCCCGGCAGCCCGUUCUCGACGGAGAUCUUCUCCACCAUGUUCACGGCCCACAUGGAGCUGAUGCAGCCCGACGCCGCCACCUUCUCCUUCUCGCCCUCGGGCGCCUCGGCCUCGUUCCUCCCGCCUGCAGCCGCCCUCCCGCCGCCUUCCUUCUCCUUUUCGUCGUCGCCCGCGCCGUCAUCGGGCUCGUCGACGACAACGACGACUGCGACGUCGCCUUUCACGUUCGCGUUUGCAUCGGCCGACGUAUCAUCGUCGACGUCGGCGGCCUUGAGGAUGCCAUCAACACCUCCGGCGGCGUUUUCGUUCGGUCCAGCACCUACCACAGCGACUGCGGCGUCGCUACCCUUCUUCGGGCCACCGGCAGGAGGACUUGACGGCACGCCGGCCGACGAGUCCGACGGCGAAGACAGCGAACUGAGCAGCGGGAGCAAGAAAUCGCGACCAGGCAGUGAUUGA